AUGAAACGAGACUCGCCAUGCGAACCUGCUACUGAGGGCGUUGCCCAAGAAAAGAGGCCAAAAUUUGACGAAUCUGAUCUCGCAAAACCUGAUGCUAUUAUAAAAUCUGCUGGCUCUACAUCUUCUGUCCAAGCUGCUUCUACAAUUGUCAUUUCGGAGGCCCCUGAUGGUGCCCCGGCGGGACCGGGUGCAUGCAACUCCAACGACCCGGAAGACUCGACCACUUCUUCCUCAAAGCGCAAAAAUAAGACUCGCGGUGGAAGGGGUAGAGGUAGGGACCAACGUGCCCGUACUGAGCGAAACGCAGAGCGAAAGGGAUCUUGGGCGAGCCGGGGAACUCGCAAUAAUGAAGACAAGCCGGUCGACGGUGGACAAGAGAGAGCGCCAAGGUUACCCAAGAAGAAAGUUGCAGUGCUUAUUGGAUUCUGUGGGACGGGAUACAAUGGUAUGCAAAUACAGCGAGAUGCGGGAACAAAUACCAUCGAAAAUACAUUGUUUAAUGCCAUGGUCAAAGCGGGCGCUGUCAGCGAGGAUAACUCGGACGAUCCUGUCAAGGUGAACCUCCAGCGCGCGGCCCGAACUGAUGCGGGGGUUCACGCGGCGGGUAAUGUUGUGAGUUUGAAGAUGAUAACCGAGCCGCCAGAUACACCGGACCUAGUCGCCAAACUGAACGAGUUACUCCCGCCUGAGAUUCGUGUGUGGACAUUUGGCUUGCGACAGCCGAGUAUACGAGUAUAUGUUUCCCUCGUCCGCUUUGUUACCCCCAUGCCUGGAACCCCGAUGAAUCGACAUACAAAGCCUGAAAUGCUCGAUCCUAAUGGCCCUGACUGGAAUUAUUGGGCUCACCCCGAGGCAUCCAAGGCAGAGACAAGGAGAGCAUGGCGAAUUGGCAGAGGCCAGUUUGAAACACUUAGGGGGAGUGCAAAGCUUUAUGAGGGCAAGUUAAAGAACCACACGUUCUUGAUGGGAUCGAAUGGAUAUCAAUCAUGUACCACGGUCAAAGUUUUAUGCUACAUCAGAUUGUGCCGCAAAAUGACCACUCUUCUUAUAUUCGCUUCCCGUACCGGAUCUCCAGCUGUAACACUCAUCCCGCAAACAUUCAACGGUACCAAACUCGUUAUUCCCAAAGCCCCCGCACUUGGUCUUUUGUUGCAGGAACCAAGGUUUGGGACCUACAAUAAACAUGUGUUGGAGGAAAAUGAGCUCGCAGCAGGGCGCGGACAGACCGAUCGCAUACGCGAGCUGAUCGAGUGGGAGCCUCUGCGAGAAAAUAUUGACGCAUUCAAGCACGCAUUCAUUUAUAACCGGAUUCGAGCAGAGGAAGCCAAGCACAGCGUGUUUGCAGCCUGGCUCAAGUUCAUUGACGACUAUGAAGGAUGGGAAUUCAAGUAUCUGAAUCCCCGAGGAGAGGUGCCUCCAGAGGCAGUUGUGCACCCAGGGAAGAGGAAGCGCGGAACAACUGACAAGUUUAGGGAGUACCUGUGGAAGAACCCUGCGAGUAAAGGGGAUGAGAGCGUUACAGACAGUGAAGAUGAAGAUACGUCCAAGAAGCCGAAUGCUGAUAUGGAAGGAUAG